GUGGUCUCUGCCUGAACAGAGACAGCAGUGUUUUCCACAUCAUGCUUCUAUUCUGUCUUCAGGUAUCCUCAAAAACCAGGAUCCCACUUUGUGGAUAAGGAUUACAGGUGCCACAUUCCAAAAUCGCUUGCUCCAGAUCUCACAUCCUGUGAGCUCGAGGGAGACUUCUGCCUGUGCUAUUGGAAUCACUCUCCACACCAUCCCAAAGUCUGAGUCCCACUAGUGACUUAACAGGUGUUGGACAGUUGUAGGUUACUCAGGAAGUUCAUCAGAUAGUGCCUAUGACUUCUUGCUGGCUCCUGAAGUAAGCAGUCCUCUCGCUGUCUCCUAAUAUGUAGAGACAAUGGGAGCUAUAUAGCACUGCCCCUGCCACACAGGUGCUGGGUGAGCAGUGGUUGAUCCCUCUGUUUAUCCCUCUCUUUGCUGUACUUCAAUCCUGACACUCAGUCAUACUCUGAUACAGCUCAGGUCCAGAAAGGGUGAGGUCUGUAAAUAGGCAUUGAAGAGUGGUCAUGAUUGGAGUGGAGGAAGGGUAAGUGUGCUCGCAGAAGAGUAUCAGGGGAGGCUUCAAGAACAGUUGGCUUUGCGCCAGGUCUGUUGACUCACACUAGUAAUAACAACACUUGGGGGAGAUUGGAGGCAGGACUUCUGUGAGUUCUAGGCCAUCCUUGAAUUACAGGAAGAUAAUUUUCUCAAAUGAACUAAAAAUGUGUGUGAGAGAGAGCUGGGCUUUCUGGGUGGCCAAAGCAGUUUUUGUUGAGGUUUGGAGGGAAUUAUUUCUCAGUGCUGGGAUUGAGCACAGUAUGCAAACCUAUCACCAGCCCCCAAAAGGGGGUCUUUUGAAAAGAACAAGUGUUAAAGAAAGGAGGGGUGGGGGCAACUUGACUGGCUGGCUGCUGUCCCUUUGUGACACUCCCUCUGUGACCUCCUGCCUUAUUGAAUUAGUUGGGCCCUCUGUGGUCCAUGGCUUUAUUGUAACUUUGCAGUGACUGUUAAAGGUACUCCUGGUGAAACCCGGUGAUCAGGAGGAAAUGGAAGCUGGUCACCCAACCCUUGAACAUCCUUGCUCCGGCAGCUCCCAGUUCCACCCGCCUGGGAGGCUGCAAUGGCCCGGGCCCGCCUCCGCCAGGCCCGAGGGGACACGUUGCCGUGGGGAUUACAGCCCAUUUCCUGUGCGCCACCUAAGCAGCGCCCACGCCCACAAGUCGUUUGCGCCGGGUGCCCAGGACACUGCGAGCUCCCACCCGGUCUGCUCCCUGCUCCCCCCGACCCUGGAUGAGCCCCUGCCUACUGCCCCGCCGCCACCUGAUGAUUCCCUUGUCCUCUGGCGAGGAUUCUCCAAGGGACCUCACCACAUGGGCCGACUCAGAAACGCCAAAAUCCACGUAGAGAGAGCCGUCAAGCAGAAGAAAAUCUUUAUGAUUCAUGGCCGAUACCCAGUGAUCCGGUGUCUAUUGCGCCAGAGGGGAUGGGUAGAAAAAAAGAUGGUCCAUCCCCAAGGCACCAUCCUGCCACCACCCCAGAAGGAUCUAGACAGUUCAUUGAUGGGUGAUAGUGAUGCCAUGGAGGAUGAGGAUGAAGAAGAGAACGAGGACUUUCGGGAGCCACAGCUGUUGGACUUGGAUGGUAUUCUGGAAUUCGAUGAUCUGGAUGGGGUACAUGCUUUAAUGUCCCGCAUGGUUCGGAAUGAGACCCCUUACCUCAUCUGGACCACUCGGCGAGAUGUGCUGGACUGUCGCUUCCUAUCCAAGGAUCAGAUGAUAAACCAUUAUGCCCGUGCCGGCUCCUUCACUACGAAGGUGGGCCUGUGUCUCAACCUCCGGAAUCUGCCAUGGUUCGAUGAGGCUGAUGCUGACUCCUUCUUCCCACGAUGCUAUCGCCUGGGGGCGGAAGAUGACAAGAAAGCCUUUAUAGAGGACUUCUGGCUGACAGCUGCCCGCAACGUUCUCAAGCUGGUGGUGAAGUCGGAAGAGAAGCCAUACUCCUCCAUGCAGACAAGAAAGGAAGAGGCCCUAGAAAUCACACUGCCCAAGAAGCAGGAGAAAAAGGCAGUGAUAGUGUCGUCAGAGUUUGUGGACGAGGCGCUGAGUGCGUGUGAGGAGCACCUGAGCAGCAUGGCCCACAAGGACAUCGACAAGGACCCCGAUGCCCCGCUCUACUUCAGCCCUGAGCGGUGGUCCGAUUUCCUCCAGCGCUACUACCAAAUAGUCCAUGAAGGGGCAGAACUGAGACACCUAGAGACCCAGGUCCAGCGCUGUGAAGACGUUCUACAGCAGCUUCGGGCUGUGGUACCCCAGAUCGACAUGGAGGGGGAUCGAAACAUCUGGAUUGUGAAGCCAGGAGCCAAGUCUCGUGGCCGAGGUAUUGUGUGCAUGGACCACCUGGAAGAGAUGCUGAAGCUGGUGGACUGCAACCCCAUGCUGAUGAAGGACGGCAAGUGGAUCGUGCAGAAGUACAUUGAGCGGCCCCUGCUCAUCUUUGGCACCAAGUUUGACCUGAGACAGUGGUUCCUGGUGACUGACUGGAAUCCACUUACUGUGUGGUUCUACCGAGACAGCUACAUCCGCUUCUCCACACAGCCCUUCUCCCUCAAGAACCUGGACAACUCUGUGCACCUGUGUAACAAUUCCAUCCAGAGACACCUGGAGGCCUCCUGCCACCGGCACCCGAUGCUGCCCCCCGACAACAUGUGGUCCAGUCAAAGGUUUCAGGCUCACUUGCAGGAGGUGAGCGCCCCAAAUGCCUGGUCUAGUGUCAUUGUACCCGGCAUGAAGGCUGCUGUGAUCCAUGCCCUGCAGACCUCCCAAGACACUGUGCAGUGCCGGAAGGCCAGCUUUGAGCUCUAUGGGGCCGACUUUGUGUUUGGGGAAGACUUCCGGCCCUGGUUGAUUGAGAUCAACGCCAGCCCCACCAUGGCACCUUCCACAGCUGUCACUGCCCGUCUCUGUGCUGGUGUGCAAGCAGACACUCUGCGUGUGGUCAUUGACCGGCGACUGGACCGCAGCUGUAACACGGGAGCCUUUGAGCUCAUCUAUAAGCAGCCUGCUGUGGAGGUGCCCCAGUACGUGGGUAUCCGGCUCCUGGUGGAGGGGUCUACCAUCAAGAAGCCCAUGGCAGUGGGCCAUCGGCGCUCAGGAGUUCGCUCAUCACUCCCUCAUCUGCUGACCCAGCAAGGCUCUGGGGAAGGCAAGGACUCAGGGUCCCCUACCCACAGGUCAGCUUCUAGGAAAGACGCUGGAGCCAGAAGCCUGGGACACCCUGAGAAGCCAGACUCAACUGCCGCCACUUCCGUCUCUGGAAAGGGGAAGAAAGCCCCUUCCUACUUCCCUAGUAUCCAUUCCAAGGCCUGGCUGCCUUCUCCCCGCGUGCUCCGACCCCAGGGCCGGGUCCUCAGACUGCAACGUGGCCGGCUGGUGGGCUCUAAGGCUCUGUCAACCACAGGCAAGGCCUUGAUGACUCUACCCACUGCCAAGGUUCUGAUGUCCUUCCCACCUCACCCUGACCUCAAGCUGGCACCCAGUAUGCUGAAACCGGGAAAGGCUGCUAUUCCCCUGCACCUUCGAGGCCCCCACUUUGGAAGUGCCUUGUGGCCUCUGCCCUUUGAAGCUGGACCUCUUCCUAGCACCCACAGGAAAGUCAAAGCCAAAGGCAAGUUCAAGGCCAGACUCUGCGACAAACCCAGGGCUGAGGCAUACCCUGAGAAGAGGCUGAGCUUCCCCAAACCUUUGACCCUUAUUUUGACAUCCCAGACACUGUGGACCAGGGGGGCUAUAAGGAUAGAGAAACCCCUGUUCUGAUCUCCACUGCCCCAUCCUGGAUCCAGAAUCAUAUU